AUAUUCUGCUAUUCAUAAAUCUUUUGCUGCUCUCACAUUACCUUGUCUUCAUUAUGAGGUCCGUGGCAGUGAGGAGGAAAAGAAAUAUCAAAAUUCCAGCUUGAAAUUCCCAUUCAAAUAAAAUACGGAAAUAGAAAUUUUCAAACUUAAAUAUCAGUAUAAAAAGAUCUAGAGAGUAACAAAAACAACAAGUGUCUUUAAAAGCUGACCAGUCUCACCACGUGGCUGAGGAAACAAUGUAAACGUUAAAAACUUUAUCUUGAUUUUUUUUUUUUUAAAUCACCAAAACCUGGUAUUUGAACAGGGGUGUGUAGACUUUUCCUAUCCAGCGUAGCUCCCUCACGUCACGCAAAAGUACGAGAGUCCCUCCUGUUGUUGAGUCUUUUCACAACGCCCCCCCCCCACCUGCUUCCUUACCCGCCUUCCCAUCCAAGCUGUCCCGUGGGACGCCAUGAUGCUUUGACAGUGAGCUUGGCGUCUGUUCUCCAAGGUGCGGCCGGUAUUCUUGUGCCGCGGAGGCCGCCGCCGCCGCCGCCGCAAGAAUAGCCCUCGUAGAAUUGUAGUGUAUAGUGUGGGGGUGGCAUCUGGGGAGCGCUGCUGAUGGUUGCUGGAAAGUGUGAGAGCGAUGCCAUUGUAAAGACAGGGGGGGGCGGUUGGUGCUAUUGCGUAAGACGGCUCCUUGUCUGCAAAUUUAGACUGAGCUUGCUCACGCAUAAAUUUGACGAGCAGAGCCAUCGUCACAGCUCGGUUAUUUAAAGGUACCACGGUGGUUGUUACUUCCACCCAAUGCGUUUGAAUUAUUCGUGAAUUUCAAGGUACCGUAAUUUUCGGACUAUAAGUCGCGGGUUUUUUUUCAUAGUUUGGGUGGGGGGGGCGACUUAUACUCAGGAGCGACUUAUAUACAUAUAUAUGUUUUUCUUUUCACUUUUAUGGGCAUUUUAUGGCUGGUGCGACUUAUAGUCCGAAAAUUACGGUACCUCUGUGCUAUUGUAAACCUUUGUAAAUAAGCUUUUGUAUAAUUACGCACGCUUCCCGGAAAAAGUGUCCCCCAAGUGCGUCAAUUUACGCAGAUAUGAUAUCAUCAGACAUUGAGUAAAUAUCCAACUGCUGGCGUCAGCCGCGCUUGCUCGCUCAACGCCCCGCAGCAGCGGCGAGCUUGAAAUUCACUCGCCGACUUCAUUAACACAUCAAGCUCAACUUGUUUGUGUGCUUCCAAACCUCCUGUAGGCCAAUGACAACCUGUUUGGGGAGACACUUUGAAAACAACAGUUCCCACUGAGACCUAUUUGGAAUAUUUGGUUGUUUGUCAUCGUCUUCAUGUUACAUUUAACGGUCCAGGCAUCAUUUGAUGAUCCGUUUGAGAUGAUUACUUUUUAGAGUAAAAGACCAUCAGUCAAAAAUUUAGACACUCUAACUUCUAUGAAGUUUGAGGCCUUUUCCAAAUCGUACAAUAUUGGUAGUGAAUAAUGUCAAAUUGAUUAUGUUAAAUAUAUUUUCUGGAUUCAUAUAUUAAAAAAAUAUUCAAAUAAAAUAUAUUCUUAAAUUAUUUAACAUUUUUUGUUAUGUUAUAGAAAUUAUCGAAAAAUAAUUAAGAAAAUAUCGAGUCAGUCAAAGGUUUGGACACUAACUUCUAUGAAGUUUGAGGCUGUUUCCAAAUUGUCCAAUAUUGAUAGUGAAUAAUGUCAAAUUGAUUAUGUUAAAUAUAUUUUCUGGAUUCAUAUAUUAAAAAAAUAUUCAAAUAAAAUAUAUUCUUAAUUAUUUGACAUUUUUUAUGUUAUGUUCUCGAAAUUAUUGAAAAAUAAUUAAGAAAAUAUCAAGUCCUUUUUAACUAACUGCCAUGUCAAUAAUAGUACAAGCUAAGAUAGCAUCAAAAUGAAUCCAACCCAAACAUAUAAAAAGUCCAACUGUGCUGCUAUGAUAAAUAUAUUUUCUGGAUUCAUAUAUUAAAAAAAUAUUCAAAUAAAAUAUAUUCUUAAAUUAUUUAACAUUUUUUGUUAUGUUAUAGAAAUUAUCGAAAAAUAAUUAAGAAAAUAUCGAGUCAGUCAAAGGUUUGGACACUAACUUCUAUGAAGUUUGAGGCUGUUUCCAAACCGUACAAUAUUGGUAGUGAAUAAUGUCAAAUUGAUUAUGUUAAAUAUAUUUUCUGGAUUCAUAUAUUAAAAAAAUAUUCAAAUAAAAUAUAUUCUUAAUUAUUUGACAUUUUUUAUGUUAUGUUCUAGAAAUUAUUGAAAAAUAAUUAAGAAAAUAUCAAGUCCUUUUUAACUAACUGCCAUGUCAAUAAUAGUACAAGCUAAGAUAGCAUCAAAAUGAAUCCAACCCAAACAUAUAAAAAGUCCAACUGUGCUGCUUUUUGUCAACAUUAAAAAUAAAAGAGACUAAAAUUACAUAAUGCAUGAGUGAAAACAAUCCAUCAGGGCGGCGCGCAGGUGUAAAUAAUGAAGGCUACAGAUGGCCAGCUUAAAUUUAGCACGUAGCUAUGGGGGGCUUCCAGUGAGCGCUCGCCCGCUGUCACGAGCUGCUCUCAUGACAGUCGUGUUUUUAUUCCCCCCCCCCAAACGUGCCAGGUCUGAAUGUCUGUCAAAGACGUGUCAUAGGGGAAAAUAGAUUUGGUUUUUUCGAUGGCUGUGAGUCCGUGACCCGAAAUUGGUGUCCAGCUCUGAUCUCAUUCCCUCCCUCCCUCCCUCCGUCUCUUUUGGGCUUGAGGCCAGCCGCUUAAAAGUAGGCUAGAAUUGACGCGCUGCUUGUGUCUGACUCAUGAGGGCUUCGGAACAUCCAAACCCACUGAAUGCAUUUGGACCUGAGGCGUUUGACUCCCAUGCACGGACAGCGCAUGGUAACGCAGAACCGUUCACUGCGCCGCCUCACUGCUGACGAUCAGAGCGAGGAAGAAGAACCCACACUGAUUGUUUUGAAGCUCCUGGAACUGAGAAGCUAGCGCCAACUUUUCAAGUACUUUGUGAUAGAGCCAACUAGGUAAUUACUAAGUAGCUGUAGUAAUUAAAAUGAUUUUACAUGACCUAAAUAAUUAGACUGAGUUCAGAACAGCGUGGUAAUAAAAAAAAAAAAAAGUUUGAGUUACAUAAAAGAAUAAUUAGAAGAUAUGUAUGAAAUAAAUUAUUGUUCUUCUUUCUAAUUUAUUCCAUUUUUUUAGUAGUUUGCAGUAGAAAACUGGUCGGUGUCAACCCAGUGACUUAUUUCCGGCCGAAAUAUGCAAAAAAAAAAAAAAAAAACCGAGCUUUUUUGUGAAAAGAUAAGUUUUAUGCAUAACCGUGACUAUUUUACAAAUAGUAGUAAUUAGACUUUCUUUAAACCCAAACAAUUCUGAUAAAGGCUAAUAAAUCUUUACUUUGUAUUUUCCACCAAAAUGGGGGCAUGGUUAAAAAUGUGUCAAAUAUUGAAAUCAAAUUUGAGAAAAAAAAAACACAGAUACAAAACUGUUUUAUAGUUAAAAUGUGCAUUAUAGGAAUAAAAAGUUUGCCUCAUAUUGAAUAAACACCUAGGCCUACUACUCUACUGUAAUAUAAUGCCUCUUUCUCAAUGCUUCACAAAAAAGUGGCCUGACAGUCUUUUAUCCUCUUCCCUCUGAGAACAAUAAAGCACACCGAGAUGAACUGAAAGCUAUCCAAGCCAAUCAAUCAGCAGACAUCUAAUACUCCACCAGGCAAACAAAAAUGGUCUCAUGCCCAAAGCUAUGACGCAUUCCCGUUUUGAUGUUCCGACCACGCUAUGCCUCUUCUCAUUUUUUAAGCAUAGCUCCGCUUUAGGGUGACGCCAUAUAAACACCAGCAGGUUAGCCUAAACAGUUCACGAAGAGCAGGGUGCCUUAACGGGGAACGGGAAAAACCGGAAAGUCCAAUAAGCCUGCGUGAUACAAACGGCUUCUUUGCACACACGCCGCCGCCGCCAAAGCAGGCCAUGGGAAUGUUCUUGAGUGGAUCUGUUGGCGGUUUAACUGUUCUUACUGAGUGAUCCUGGACCAUCUGUGGGAAUCUGAAAUGCCUGAGCAUCUCUAUUAAGCGAGCUAUACAUAUAGAUGUGUAGAUCAAUGGAUGUUCUAGAUAUUUUUUUCCCCCCAAAGCGACGUUACAUGAACCCGAUGACUUUUCCCUCUGCAAAUAAUUAUGUCUUAUAUUUAUGAUUCCUCAACAGUGGAAGAUUUGACGCGGCCGAACCGGCCCUCCCUUGACAAUUACUCGUAUAGUCGCGUAUGUACUGAACCUUUUGAACACGGAGAACGUCGGCUAUUACGCAAGCGGCGUGUUCUUGUGGAUUUAUGGCUUCGGUAAAUCAUGUCGCAAUGGCGCGUUUAAUGAAAGGCUGACUUCAAAGUUCGGCUUUCUUGUCAACAGUCUUCUUCAUGCUCAGAUCAUAACCGCAGUUUGAGUGCAGCUAAUGAAAAACGCUGAGUGAACACAGCAGUGCGAGGGGGGGAAUGGGACAUUUUGGUUGGACGAAGAGCACGGGACGAUCAUAUUUCUUUUGCAGAGGCGGGGAGGGGAUGCCUUGAGGCCUUAUGUAAUAUUGUUCGAGCCAGAAUGGGUGUAAACAAAACCACUGUGAAGUGGGACAGGCCUAGCCGUUGCACGGCAACGCAUAUUUUGGGCAGGGAAAGCAGACAAACAGCCUUCCAAUGGCAAGCCACGGGGUUGGCCUUGUGAGCGUGGCGCAGGCUAGUAACUUCCCGAAAGUAUGCUAAGAGACAGGGAAGCAAGGAAAACAAAAGCAAGGGUGGGAGGGGGAAUUAAGACAACACUGCUGGGUCUGUUUGAACCCGGCCUGGUCUGGCUUGGCCUGCCUGGAGUCUAGACUACCACCACUUGCAAACAAACAACAAAAACACUCGUGGCUUACACUCUGGGGAGAAUUGUCAAACUAUUAUUAAUUCAGCAAAAAAAAACGCUUUCAAUACACUACUGCGUGUCAUAUUGAUGUUAUACAAAAUACACAACUGUCUCUCUAAUAAACAGUGACGUUGUAUUUUUAUUUUCGUUGUUUGAGCUGCGCUUGACUGUAAAUACAGUGGAGUAGCUUGCUAGUAGCCUCGAGCUAGGUUAGCUCUGCCUGUUAGCCACCUAGCUAGGCGCGUGUCCGCGUAGCUACAGCAAGGAAAUGAUUACAGUAACAACUCAAACUACAACUGCGCAACGUGUCGGUUAAGGAGAGGGGGGGGAAAAAAAUAAAAGCGCAGUCCAUGACUAUUACUAUUCUUCACAAAAAUAUUCGAUGUGCUCAGCAUCUGACGGGAGAACUCGGAAGUGGCGUCCGUUGCCAGUUCGUUGCUAUAGAAACCGUUUGCCGGGCAGCACAACACGCAAGGCGGUGACAACAGCGGUGUUACCAUGGAGACAGUACGCUCGCACAUACGCACGCACACACGCCGCGGCACAUGUUUCUCCUAAUUAAUAGCGACUAUUUUGGAUAGUUUGUGUAAACCUUUAGCGUGUCUGUUGGUUAUAUAGACCUCUUUUCUCUCGCCAUUUGGGUGCCUAACGAGGUGAUUCAUAAGUAGUCACUCUGGUACCCUCAGACGGGGUUCAAUCACGUCCUCCGGUGUUCUCUGACGUUCGACCGGUGACUACCCUCCCUCUCUUGUUCACACGCACACGCCUGCUAAAGUACUUAGUUUGACAUCACUUGUUCUUUUUUUUUUUUUUUUUUUAAUUCCCAUUCAUGAGUUAUGCCACCUCCAAUUCCCCGGAUGAAGCCCCAACCCACACUUCCCACCCCUGAUGCAUUUGCACUGUUUGUCCGCAUGUAGGCCACCAUCUGAAUCACUUUUGUGAUUUACUCUGUGACAGGAUCUGAUUUCCGUCAUUGCUGCCCACUGGCCAAGUCAAAAUUAGCAUACACUGUUUGUUCAUGUGUGUGUCACAGUGAAAAAAAAAAACAAUGAUCAACAUUAUUCAUAUUUUCUGCUUUAUUUCUCUAGAUAGCAAACAAAUUGUUUUUUUCUCAUUAUUUUUGCAUCAACUUCCACAGAAUGGGAGUGAAUAUUUUUUUUAGCUUUAGAAGUAAUGUAGAAAUAUGUUGAACUCAACUUUAUCGAGCACAUUAAAAAUAACAGACACAGCUGAAACAUACAUAGGAAAUACAUACAAACGACAUUCAUAAGAAAUGAAAAAUUAGCCAACUCAACAAACUUGCAUUAAAAAAAAUAAUAGAUUCGGUGUGUCAUUUUCCCUGUGGGCCCUGUGGUUAAUCUGUUUUUAAUCCCUAAGAAGGCGUGAACCUCAUUUGUGAAAAACUGUUUUUAUUUCAUUACAUUGGCUUGGAGCCAUCCAGGUUAACGAAAUACGUCAAUGAAAAGGAUCUCCCUUUAAGCUCCCAGGAUUGCCAUGGGUGUGCCCUUAGUAUGACCACAAAAAUGAUUACAGUGUCAGACAAAAGUACACAAGGAAGCCGUUUGCAAAAGUUAGUCACGCAUGUCAUUACAAAUACUAUUUGGACUGCAUUAAAAGCGAAUUAAGAAUCAUGAAACUGUCAUCUUCGUCAGGGAUGAACAUUUAUCAUUAUCAAAAGCGGUUUUUGGGGUCACCAAAAAGGUGACCUUGCUAAACUGUCAGCAGAAUAACAUUUCACACAAAACUGUACAGUGCAUUUUCCCUUUAAAAGUACUUUAAUACUUCAACAGAAAUAGUAUUGUUAGACUAUAAUCAAAUAAUCAAUGUAACAAAACACCGUACUGUAUUUUUUUUUUUGUGUUGCUGACCUAGUAUCGUCCCCCAAAUCCAAGAAUCUUUCCGCGCUUGUAACUCUUCAAAUCUAUACGUUUCCUCUCCAAAAUAGUCAGACGCUGAAAAAUACCCCCUUUGCGUUGGAAAUCAUUCCCCCCAAAAUAAUAAUAAAGGAAUAGCGUCUAUUAUUAUUCGCCGGCGAGGUAAGCGUUUGGCUCAUUCCAGUGCGAGAGGGAAUCCCUCGACGUCACCAAGGAUACCAAACACAACAGCGGUGGACAAAUAUGGGCAUCUACGUAGCGGAACCCCGAGGCGGGACUUAAAUGCCUCAGUUGUAGGCUACUCAAGGAGGAUUCAUUCACAAGACAAAAUCGGCUUGUUUCUACCCGAAUUCCGCCGCGCAUUCGCCGGGUCGUGCCACCGAUCGGACUUUAUGGAUCUAUCGAGCUUCGGAUUGACCAAGUAGUUUGAACGAAGGGGAAAGGAAAGGAGAAGACUUAUUCGAAGCAAUUUCUCCCCCGCUUGCUGGUCGCGGGGAAGUGGAUUAAAGCUUCUUCAUGCAACUUUUUUGGAAAGACACCAGGAGCGCCUCACCGGGAAACACCAACAAGACAAGGAACGGUGCCAAACUCCCUCUCGGCCCCCGCGGGGAGAUGUACCAAGGGUUCCCCGGCGACCCCGAUACAGGAUCCCGUGGUAGCUCCUCCCCGUCCAUAGAGUCGCAUUACCUCUCCUCCGUGGACUCCUUCGGCAGCCCGCCGACCACCAGUGCUCCGCAGGAGUGUGUGUCAGCCGCAACCGGCUUGAGCAUUGUGGGUAGCGGGCCAGGAUCCAGCAGCGGCGGGGAGAUGCCCGGCUCAUUCGUGCCGACCGUCACUGCCAUCACCACCAGUCAGGACCUGCAGUGGAUGAUUCAACCCACCCUCAUCUCCUCCCAGGCCUCGGGUCAAAGCGGCACCACCGACACCUCCACCAUAACCCGGCCGGUGUCGCUGAUUGACCCCUAUGACAUGCCGGGCCCUAGUUACUCCUCCGGGUCUGCAUUCACUCCACCGAGUUUGGAGACCCCCGGCCCGGCACCGGGCCCCAUGCGCCAAUCCAGAACCCGUAGCCGCCGCACUCGAGAAGAGUCUGUGAGUGAAGACGGAGAUGUUGGUGUGUUACUCACUCCCGAGGAGGAGGAGAAGCGCCGUGUCCGACGGGAGAGGAACAAACUGGCCGCCGCCAAGUGCCGAAACCGGCGAAGGGAGCUCACGGACAGGCUGCAGUCGGAGACGGACGUCCUGGAGGAGGAGAAGGCCGAGCUCGAGGCGGAGAUCUCGGAGCUGCAGAAGGAGAAGGAGCGGCUGGAGUUUGUCCUGGUGGCCCACCAGCCCAACUGCAAGAUCAUGUACCAGGAGCAGCCUCAGCCCAGCUCGUCGCAGCUCCCCGUCCAGACCUUACAAGCCCCCUCCUCCAUUGUGAGCUUGGCUGGGAAGGAAGACUCUUUCUAUCUGCCUCCUGCCUACUCAGGCCACGCCGCCUCCACUCAGUCACAGAUUCCGCCUCAGCAGCAGCAGCAGCAAGUCCAGCAGCCUCAGCCAGGAAUGAUCCAGGAGGUAGAGUUUUCUCGUUCUUUCUAUGGCCCGAGCGGGGCGACGGCGCCUGGCGGGCCAUGCUUCAUGAUCGGCGACGGCGGUGGUGGUGGCGGUAACCAUGACGAUGCGGGCAUUGCCAGCCAAAGCACUUCAUACACAUCUUCAUUUGUGUUCACCUACCCAGAGGGAGCCUGCGGGGUCAGUGCCAACCAUCGGAACAGCAGUAGCGAGCAGUCGUCCGAUUCCUUGAACUCGCCUUCCCUGCUGGCGCUCUGACUGACCGACCGAACUAGCGCAUACCUUUAACGCUCGCCGAGUAGGGGCCGAGUGACGCCCGUCGAGUUAAAGAACAAAAUUAACGCGGAGAGAGACGAAUUCAAUCAGAUUGCACAAAACUAAACUCGGUCUUCAGUGAGCACCGAUGCCCCCCUCCCCACCUUGUUCCCUCUGAUGGUCUCUCAUCUUCUCCUCCAUCCUUGCCCUCCACCCUCCUCUUUUGCCCCAGUGCCCAGGGGAGACCGCUAACCCUUCAUCCGCUCGACCCUCCCUCAGCUUCCUCAUGCUCGGAAGUCGGCCAUCGCCGCGUUGUUAUGAUUCCAGCGUCUCUGUUUCUCCUCUUCUGUCUCUUGUGUUUCUCCCCAUCGCUCUUCUUCAAGUCCUCCUCGCCCGAGAGCCCGAAGACCCCCGCCAGUCCCUGGGAUCUUGAGUGAAUGGCCCGAUCCCCGACCUAGUACUCACACACACCUUAACCGCUCCGUGUCGACCCGGACCGGGAUUCUGCAGCGUGUUCUAAACACUGGGAGCUGCCAUUGGACAUUUGAUGCAAAUACAAAAAAAAAAAAGAUGAGCCACUUGUCCACACGAUGAAGACAAGGCACGUUGGGUGGCUCGGCUUGUGUUGUUGUGAGCCAAAUGCAAAAGAAAAAAAAAAAAGACGUAAAAAAAAUAGUAAAACGUUUGUCUGUGUAGAUUCUUAGUCAUCCGGGUCGUGGUAAUCCGGAAGGGCUGAAUCGAGGCAACUGGAUUUAAUCAUUUGGUGACUCAAAAAAAUCAAGGCAAGAAAAAAAAAAUGAUGGUGGAAUUCUACCCAAUUUUGCUCGUUUGAAAAACGUCCCCGAAAUGAAACAUAUAAGUAAAAACAACUCAGCAAAAUGUAAUAUUGUUGCUAUAAUGGUGAAUAAUCUAUAUUUGAAAGUUAUUCCCACUAUUAUCUUUUGCUUUUUCCAACCCUAAAAAUUCAGAACUGAAGAAAAAGUCACCAAAAAGUCCAGUUGCCUCAAUUAGAAUUUUGCAGAUCAAGUCAAAGAUCUGCGGAAAGAGUUACCAUGGCUUUGUACUCCCCGCCUGUUUGCCUUUACCGGGAGAUGGCGACAACCUCGAAACAUGGGGCACCUGGCCUGUUUAUUUCUUUCUUGAGUGAGGUUGUCGUGAUGCCUGACCGGGAAAAUAAAAGAGGAAAGCAUCCGGGCUAACGUUGAGGCGCCCGCAUCCUUUCUUGCCUGUGAAUUUGUGCCAUUUGUUUUUUUCCUUGUAUGUUCCAGUGACACUUGUUACAUUUUUUUUUUUUUAUGUAUUUGACUGUUCUGCUUUUACUUGUCCGCCUCCAACUCGGUUAUUGUUGUGAGUAUAUUUCCGCCCCCCCUUUAUAUGAUUAUGGCAUCUUUGGAGGUAUGCUGUGCACUUAAAGGUUAUUUGUGUGUUGAAAGUUUUAAAAAAAAAAACUUGUUUAAGUCUAUAUGCCUAUAUGUAUAAAGAUAAAUAUAUAUAUGAGUGUACGUGCUAUGAUUGUCGAAUAUGAAUGUGCUCCAAAGGGGAUAUUUUUGUCAAUGAAGAAAUUUGAAAGAUGUUACUGAGAUUUAGUUUUGAAAUGAAUAUUUUUGUAAGAGAAUGAAAAAAAGAUAUAUAUAUAUGAUAGGUUUAAAAAAAAAAAAAAAUGGCCCUUAACACGAAGCACGAUGUCACCUGCCUCUCGCCAUGUGUAUUUAUGUUUUACAAAACAGUAUCAAGCACUAUCCAAGACAAAGUCGAUGUAUGUACGUUACGAGGUUGUGAUGACGUUUGUCUGAUUUUUCUGUGAGGUCUGACCCAAAGCUACUGACGCCUCCACUUUAUCUUCAAAAAUCCAAAUAAAAAAAAUAACGACAGUACAUACGGAAGUCCCUGUUAGAUUUACAAAAAAGAAUCCAAUUUUUUUCCCCUUACUAUUUGAAAUUUCUAUCAAACAAUCGUUUCCAGGAGUGUCUUUAUUUUUUUAACAUAAAGAAAUAAAGAAGUUACAUCUAAAAUAACGACAAUUUGAUUGUAUAAUUUCCUUGGUGCUCAGAGAAUGGGUGGACCUCACUUUUUGAUCAGCUGAUUCCGAACUAUAUGGAGAUGCCUUUUUCAUUUUUUUCUCUUCUCCAAAAUGCAAAUGUGACGCGAAUAUGUUCUGAUGUGUCCGAAUCAGCAUAAAACAUAUUCACUAGUUCUCAUGUACAUAUUUUUUCCUUCUUUGUGGUGCUACUUUUACAAUCAUGAUUGAUAGAAAGAAAAGAAAAAGGCAGUUUCAUGUUGUAUGGCACCACAGUUUACAUCAGCUCCAGAUUUCCUUGAUGGCUAUAAAAUAGUGAAUUCCAAGCAUCAUUGGAAGCAUCUCAAUCACCCAGUCAUUCCAUUGUGAUAAUCAACUUGGAUUAAGAAUAUCCAAUGCAACAUUGAUGACAUCAGCGACUUAACACGCAUCUAUUAUGUUUAUUUCCGUCCAAUGGAUUCGAUAGCAUCAACUAAACAAGAGUUGCUCCUAUUUUUCUAUGCUGAGGCGAAUGUCGCAAUGUAUUUGUAUUAUUCUGUACAAGUCAAAUAUCCGUCCACGCAUAGCCGUGUUUUCUCGGUAUAUGAAAUGCAAUACUUGUGAUGCUCUUGGAUGAACAUAAUGUAGCAAAUGUUAGUCAGGGAUGAUGAACUGACUGCUACUAUAUAUCCAGAUUUAUUGCGACAAAAACUUGGUUCAAAUAUUUCCGCAAACUACCGCGUUUAAUUUCUAUGGAGAAAUGUUCUUAAGAGUUGGUUUUCUUUUGAUUCCUUUUUUGGUUGCACAUUCAUUUGUAUCAAUUUGUCAUCAUGACAUUGUACUCGCAUUAUUUCUUGCUGUAAACUUUAUCAUUGUCACAUGGCGUAACGAUGUACCGUCAACAUUGAGAUUGUCAACAGUGAAAGAGCCAAAGAUAUAUUGUUGGAUAUGUGACAAUAACUUGUCUUAUUGUACUUAUAUUUACAGUUAUAUAUUGACAUCAGGGUGCUAUGAUAUUAUUCUCUGCAUAUAUAAGUCAGAUCAUUUUGACAUAUAUAUAUACUUUAUUUUUCUAAUCUUAAUAUCAAGCUUAUUAUGCUUGAAGGGGACCAAAAUAUGUGACAAUUCUAGUCAGCUUCUGCUGUCUAAUCUAAUAAAAAAAGUCUAAUAAAAAAAAAAAGUCAAUAAUAAUCAUAAUAAUGUCCACGCAGAACUAUCUCGGAUCUUUAUUGGAUGAAUUUUCCUCAAGAUUGAUAAAGUAUCAACCUGAGUUUGAUGUUGUCUUCAACCGAAUACUGUUAACUUGAAGCGGAAUUACAGUAUAUCAUUGAGAUGGAUGUCUCUCACUUUUAAAUGAGGGUUAUCAUACACUUUUUUGCCUUUGUGUAUUUACCAAUUAUUGAAAAAUUGUAACAAACUGAAAGCACAGGUGAAUUUGGAAAAUGUCAACUGAAAUUUUAAUCAAAAAUGACCUAUUAAUAAAACAAAUCUUGAUCUUU